CCUGACUCCACUGACCUGCACGUCUUUGCUGGGAAAGGACCAGCAUCCAGGGGCUCAGCGGUGGAACAGGUUAUGGUCAUAGAGCAUGUCUGAGCAGAGGCAACGCACACUCUCCACGUCAGGAGAGGCCCUUUACCAGGUGCUGGGCCUGGACAAGAGCUGCACCCAUGAAGACAUUAAGAAGUCCUACAGGAAACUAGCUUUAAGAUAUCACCCAGACAAGAAUCCAGAAAACCCCGAUGCCACAGACAAAUUCAAAGAGAUAAACAACGCUCAUGCCACACUGUCGGACGUGACCAAAAGAAACAUUUACGACAAGUACGGCUCCCUCGGUCUCUACGUCUCGCAGCAGUUUGGGGAAGAGAAUGUCAACACAUACUUCAUGCUGUCCAGCUGGUGGGCUAAGGCCCUCUUUGGCAUCUGUGGCAUACUGACGGGCUGCUACUUCUGCUGCUGCCUGUGCUGCUGCUGCAACUGCUGCUGUGGGAAGUGUAAGCCCCACCCGCCGGGCGAGGAGGACCCAGAGUACUUUGAGUCUCCUGAGGACCUGGAGGAGCAGAUCCGCACUGACAUGGAGAGAGAUGGUGACACCCCCAUUGUGCUCCAGCCAACCAACGCCAGCGAGAAGACCCAGCUAAUUGGGGAUGGACACCGGACCUACACCUAAUUACAGGGACGCUCCGUUCACACCACCUCAGAGGUUAUCGUACGGAGCCUCGAAAUCCUAAUAACCAUUCCUUAACCUUGGCGGUCUCCAUGACGAAUCCCAAAACUGAGCCUACUUUUGCUCUCUGACUGCCGUCUGUAAAUAGUGUAUGUGUUUGCCCAUGCAAUUGAACUGUAAUUUGAUGUACUUCCUUGUGUUUCAACAGGAAUCAAUUCAUAAACCUUUCAGAUAGCUGCUUGUUUUCAACAUAAUCUUGGUCUUGACAUCAUGUAUUAUCCAACAGAUUUUAAAACUAGUGCAGGAAGGUCACCCACUCGCUGAUGUUGCAAUAUCUGAGGAUUAAUCCAGAUUAAUUUAGUCUUUCUUGUAAUUUCAAUAAAUACUAAUAAUCAUGAUUGUAUGUUGAUAGAAGCAUACAAAACAGUUUUUGUGCUUUUAUGGAAUGUAUGUUUGCAUUAAAUUUAAGGACCCGUAAAAAGUAUAUCUUUGACCAAAGUGUUUGGUCGAAGAUACAGAAUCAUAACAAGCUGAAAAAGAAGUUCCACAACACAGCAUGAUUUCUGAAAUUGGUAUCUCGCAUCAAAAGUCAGAACUAUAUCUGAACCUCACAAGCUUACACUCUUUGCCUCUUUCAACCACAGGAGGUCUGUCCAUAGACAAUACAGAGUACCGCCCUCAUCAAGAAUUUGAAGGGGGAAAAAUCAAUAAAAAUAAUUCUAUAAAAAUAACAAUGCCAACAAAUCACUUUUAUAUCCAUUUCUAAGUAUCUAGGAAACACAAAACCCCCUGUUGCCACUAUAAAAAUCUCAACAGCGACCUCUAGAGCAAAUUAAAAUGUAGCAGGGAGGACGCCAAUCUCUCCUCUUCCUCAAGCCUGCAUAACCAUCCAUUCAAAUGUAACUGCAUUACCCUAGCUUCUCCUCUCCUAUCUUUUACAUUGCAAAAGGGACACUUAAGGAGGAUGUCCUUCCUAACCAAUCAUCCAUCGAAGAAAUGACCUACUGUACAUCCGAUUAAAGCAGCCUAUACGGCAGGGGUUGAUCAAGUAUCACAAUGUGUGAAAGCCAUCACAUUCAGUUGUGGAGUGUGAGAUUUUGUGAAAGUUAGCUACAGAGACAGAAAUUUGUGGUAAAAUAUAGUUGUGCAAAUUUAGUGAUUUUAAAAUAGUAUUUUAUAAAUUGAAGGUAGUAAGGAGAGGUUGUAGGAGUUAUUUUUAUUCAUUUGGACAUUAUCUAGCUAGCUAGUAGAGAGAGAAGCUUUUUAUAAGAUAGCUGUCCAAAUGUAUUAGAUUUUUUAAAUUGUAGAUUUUUUAAAUUGUAGUUUUUGAAUUGAGGGUAGUAGGGUGAGAAGGCACCAUGGUUAUUAUUGUUAUUCAUUGUUGGAGGAGAUUGGGAAAGUAACAUAUUUGACACUAGAGUUUGAGCACCUAUUAUUGAUUUGGUUCAUGCUAAUGAGAGCAAAAUGUAAACGUAUUUGCCACUGUAUGUAAAAAUAUGUAGAAUAUUGGUAACAACCUCUACCUAGUUAUGUAUUUAAAAUUUCCUUGUUAUUCUCUGGAGGCUAUUUGUUCGGUACUUUUGCAGUUUUUUCUAUGCCAGCAAAUGUGUCCAAAGUCACACAACUGCGGCAUUAGCCACUUAGGGGAUGUGUACUGACCCCCAGUAGUAACCCGUAAUGCAGGCAUGCAUUCAACUGUAUUUUAGCAAAAAAACAGGUCAAUGAUCCCUCUGGGUCCUCUAUGGACAGACCUCCUGUGAGCUCCAUAAUGUUUGGGGCGAAAACAUUUUUUCUUGAUUUGACUCCACAGUUUUAGAUUUGCAAGAAACAAUGCACAUUCGGUUAAAGUGCAGCCUCAACAGCCCCAAGCUUAAUAUAUUAGCAUUUAUUUACAUAUAUUUAGUUUAAGAUCAGAGAUGAAGCAUCUUUACAAUGUUUUCUGAAAAAUACACACCUAUUAAACCUUUUGCAUUUCUUGAA